CUUUCCCGCGAGUUCGUUCUCUCAAAAUUCGAAGUCGAUCGCCAUCUCCAAUUCUCCAUCGAUCAUCUAUCUCUCACGAUCAUCUCGCCGGAGCUGUGUAGUGGUGGUGAGGAGGAGAAUGAUGAUGAGGUGUGGUUGGUCGGCGGCGGCGGUGGUUGCGGUGGUCGUCAUGGUUGGUGUGAUGGUGGCGUCGCCGGUGGCGGGGGAGCUAGCUCGGGUGGAGCACCCGACGAAGGAGGACGGGUCGCUGGCGGUGCUCGUCGUUGGCGACUGGGGGAGGAAGGGGCAGUACAACCAGACGUUGGUUGCCACCCAGAUGGGCGUGAUCGGGGAGGAGUUGGCUGCCGACUUCAUCCUCUCCACCGGCGACAAUUUCUACAACGAUGGCCUCACCGGCGACAACGACACGGCCAGCUUCCAGGAGUCCUUCACCAACAUCUACACCGCUGAUAGCCUCCAGAAGCCUUGGUACAUUGUUCUCGGCAACCAUGACUACACUGGAGAUGCCCUCGCACAGCAGAGCCCCGCCAUUCGCGCCGUCGAUAGCCGUUGGACCUCCAUUAACAAGUCCUUCAUCGUCGACUCAGAUAUCGCGGAGUUCUUCUUGGUGGACACGGUGCCAUUCGUGCAGAAGUAUUGGAACGAGAGCAAGUUCGACUGGAGACAGGUCGCCCCUCGUGACACCUACCUCUCCACUCUACUCACAGAUUUAGGAGACGCGAUGUCGCAGUCGAAUGCGACGUGGAAGAUCGUGGUUGGACACCACACCAUCAGCAGCGGCUGCGAGCACGGCAACACCACCGACCUCGUCGCCAUGCUCCUCCCUGUCCUCAAGACCUAUGGGGCUGACAUGUACAUCAACGGCCAUGAUCAUUGUUUGCAGCGCAUCACCAGCAUUGACAGCCCACUUGAAUUCAUCACGAGCGGGGGCGGGUCGAGGGCGUGGGCGGGGAAGUUUAAGCAAACCUCGGACAAGCUGGAGUUCAUCUACGACGGGCAAGGGUUCCUGUCGAUGCAGCUGACGAUGGCGGAGGCCAGCUUCGCCUUCUAUGACGUCACCGGCGCCGUCCUGUACAGCUGGCAGCUCGCCAAGUCAACCUCCACCAACUAGUGAUCAAAGUCAACACUUAAUUAUUGUGUUAAUUAGCUGCUUAUGUGUGUGAAAUUGGAACAGUCAAUGUACUGCUUCAGUUAUCGAUAUAUAUACUGUGACAAAAGAUGCACGGUGUAUAAAUAGUGUGUGUGUUUGUAUACGUAAGUAUGCAAGAAUGUUGCUGUUUGUAAUUGCAUCCUAAGUUCAUGGGAUAAGUUAUAAUGGCUAUCUAAAUGAUAUUCAGUGUGCGUAUAUGCUAA